GGCAAGGCCAGAGCUCUCACAGAAAUACUCCUACAAAAAUUCUCAUACUGUCGCACUUAUCACCAAACCCAUUAACAAUGAACAUUCUUCUUAUCUACCCGAGGAAGUUCGAAUCUCGCGUGUCUAAAUUGCUUUCCGCAAGUGAUUAUGGGAUUCUCAGACGAAUGGCGAGGAAUACUUGCACAUGGCCUUGAUACUGGCAAUGAUGGGGUGGUCGAGAUGACCCUUCCUGAUAUACGUUGUAAGAUAACGUUGUAAGAUAAAGUUGAAGGUAUCUGCAAUUUUUGGUACAAGUCAUUCUUUGUAUGAUAAUCAUAUUGUUAUCUCUCAAAUUAAUCUUGUCCUUAUUCUAUCUCAAUUUUCAUGAUGAAAGCUCUUACUUGGAAGUCUCUGGGCGAGGUCGCGCUCGUUGAAAAGCCCAGACCAGCAUUGAAGCUCUCAACAGAUGCUAUAGUCAGAGUCACACAUGCCAGUAUCUGCGGUACGGAUGUUCAUGUUCGCGAUGGAUAUCAUCCUGAAAGCGAGUUUGGGCGAGUCUUAGGACACGAAGGUGUAGGAUUCAUCGAAGAGAUUGGCGAGAGUGUUGAGGGGUUUGCAGUCGGGGAUAGGGUUAUUGUUUCUUGCAUUACCGUGUGCUCACAGUGUGAGAAUUGUAAAAGAGGCAUGCCUGGUCACUGUCUUGAUGGUGGAUGGCAGUUGGGUAACACACUGGAUGGUUUACAGGCCGAAUACACUCGAAUACCUUAUGCUACUCACUCACUUCAUCAAGUUCCACCAAAUAUCGAUGAAAAAACACUGGUUUUACUGAGCGAAGGCUUCUCAUCCGGAUACGAGUGUGGUGUUUUAUCGGGAAAAGUGGAACCUGGAUGUACUGUAGCUGUGAUCGGGAACGGUCCAGUUGGACUGGCUGCAAUCAUUACUGCGCAGCUCUACUCACCAGUGAUGAUCAUUGGAAUUGAUAUUGACGAUAAUAGAUUGAGAAUCGCGUCUGGCUUAGGCGCGGACCAUACCAUCAACGCGAGCACCGAUAAUGUGGCGGAAAUUGUACGAUCUUUGACCAAUGGAAGAGGCUGUGAUACUGUUAUCGAAGCUGUCGGGCUUCCCGAUACGAUUGAUAUGGCACAGGAUAUUGUAGCAAUUGGUGGCAAAGUUGCAAACAUUGGGGUUCACAAGCACGCAGCUAACAUGUAUCUUAAUAAGAAUUGGGCUCCAAUAAGUACCGGGUUGGUGAAUGCAACUAGUACCCCUUUGUUGGUUAAAAUGUCAGCGGCCAACAAAAUGCGAAAUCCUGGACCAAUGUUCACUCAUACUUUCGCCUUCUCCGAAAUAGAACAAGGAUACAAAACCUUCUGCAAUGGCAAAGCGGAAAGCGCUAUAAAACUGUUAAUAGAAUUCUGAUAUAAUUUGGUUGUCAAUUGUAAAAAAAAAAGAAUAGAUUUGAUGCCCCA